AAAAAUGGCGCCAGGCCCACUGAGAUCAUAUAAACUGCCUAGAAAGCCCAGUGAAUGUCUUCUGAAUUCCGAUGUGCGUAGGCCUUCAUUUGUGACAUGUAGCAAAACAAUUACAUUCGGUCUCAGUGGUCAGAAAAGUAGGUUAUGGUUUAUUUUUAGCCUACUAUAGUCCGCCUAUAUAUUGUUUAUAUUUGUGAUCAGUAGGUUAGAGGUUGGUAACAACUAGCUAUAUAAACAAGCAUCAGAUUGUUGUAUUGUAUGGCAUGUAGUGUGUAUAGUGUAGUGCAUAUAUCAUAUAGUGUGUACAGUGGGCUGAUGAAGCAUAUUACAUUAUAGUGCAGUUAUAAUGUUGACCUUUGCUUGAUCAUCCAAUCAGGAAAUAUAGGAUGGACGCCAAAGACUAAAUGUAAUAGCCAUGAAUUUAGUCUCCAAGCAGUUAAAGUAAUUGUGAUCUUACUCCAUAAACAUCUGUCUGCACAAAGGUGAGUGCUUAUUUUUUUGUUUUGUCUUUUUCUUGCAGGAGUUUGUGCGUCAAUAUUUUGACGAACUCCUUGAUGUGGACAUCUGUGCAGUCAGUGUCCUACCUUUCACCGAACAGUUUUCUGCAGAGGAAUUGCAGAUGAUCAGGGCUGUUUUCCUUAUCGCGUUCUCUGAUGAGGAGCUGGACUGGGCCAUAAGAAAAAUUAUAAGAUGCGUAGGAUUCCUCACCCUGGACUUUUUGAUGCCUGCCUUGCGGGUGUGCAAACGGAUGGAGCCAAGUGCCACCCAGGGGGAAUCUGCUGCUCUAAGCCGCCACCCUAUACUGCUGGUGCAGGCUGCACCUGGCUGUGAGGAGGUCCCUAAAUGUCCCCAAACAGAAGGAAGCAUCGAUGAAAUGGCCCACAAAAUUGGUGAUAUGGAGAGCCCCAUGCCAGACAGACAGUCACGUGCUGACUUCAGCCCCCUCUACUACAAAAGAUUACCAAAAAGCAGACAGACCCAGGCUAAACAAUUCAAGUUUGUUGUUGCCAAGGCCCUGGAAAUCCCAACAUUGCUCCUGGAGACGUUGACUCCCGGGUAUGCUGUCUGGAGGAGAGGGUUCUACACAGGCUGUCAGGACAUCUCCGAGUUCCUGGAAAAAUAUAGAAGUCAACCUCAAACGAAAGAAGCUUUCAUUGACCUGAUUCAAAUGACAUCAAUGCUACUGAUCGACUUGAGGAAGUUUAUUUUACGCGGGCAAUCCACCAGGGCAGAGGGAAGUGUCACCCAGGAGGACAACUACUUCAAAUUUGAGGACUUCGUUAGAUUUAUUAUGGAUCACUUUGUCCUUGAGGCAUCCAGAAACCUACUUGAGAGACUCGUUAAUGCUCCAAGUCGCUUACGGUUGCUGUAUGCAUCCAGAAUGAGGACACACGCAGCAGAGAUGCCCUUCCUUCCACAGGUACUGCAAGGUCCCCACAGCAGGAAGGUCUACACACCAGAUUAUUCCAUUAGAAGAAAUAAGCAUCGUUUGUAA